CGAUAGUCUCGCCCACGCCAAUUUUGAAACGGGAGUAUGAACCAAAAACAAAUAUUUUUGAUUUCACUAUGGAAAAAGUUACUUUGGCUCCAGAUGGGUUUACUCGUCAAUUAUCAACCUUUAAUGGACAAUAUCCUGGACCAACCAUAGAAGUUAACAAAGGAGAUCGUAUUUUGAUGAAAAUUAAUAAUAAAUUGGGAGAACCAACAGGUAAUUUGCAACAAAUAUUUUCCUAUGUUUUAUGUGUUGUACGUGUUUUUAAACGUAUAUUGCAAAAUGAAAUAUUAGCUAUUCAUGCGCAUGGGAUGCGUCAAAGAGGGACUCCUUGGUUCGAUGGAGUACCAGGGGUGUCUCAAUGCUCUAUACCAGACGAUUACGAAUUCACCUACAAUUUCACUGUUCCCGACGAAGUUGGCACUUAUUGUCAUGCGCAUAAAACGUUGCAAUAUGUUGAUGGAGUUCUUGGCGCGUUAACGGAAUAUGAUGAGGAAAUUAUUGUCAUGUUGAAUGAUUAUUAUCAUACCAAGGCACAAGUUUUACUAAAACAAUUCUUUACUCCUGAAAGUAAAGGAGAAGAGGUAAGAAAGAUUGACAUAAGUACAAAGGCCCCACCGGGUUCUAAAUGUGUGGACAAUGCCGGUCUUGCUAAAUUUGAAUUUGUUCAAAAUAAAAAAUAUCGCCUUCGUAUCAUUAAUGCUAGCGCAUUUUCGGCAUUCUUCUUUUCUAUUGACAAACAUGAAAUGGAAGUUAUAGAAGCAGACGGUGGAUAUACUAAGCGAAAAAAAAUCCAUAGUCUUUCCAUCAAUGUCGCCCAAAGAUAUUCUGUUAUUGUUACUGCAAACCAACCGGUCGAUAAUUAUAUAAUGCGUUCUGAAUUUCAAAAGAAAUGCAUGCCAGAUGCUGGAGCUAGUCUUCCUACUAUUAAAGCUAUAGUACAUUAUAAAGGAGCCCCCGAUGGUCCUAAACCAAAAGACAAUCCAUGGCCUGAUUCCUUGACAGAAUGCGUUGAUAUAGAUCACAUGACUUUACAACCACUUAAAGAAGAAAAGAUUCCCGAACCAACGAAAAAAUUGGAACUCAAAAUUGCUUUUCAUGAGAAUGCAGCAGGAGUUGUUAAAGCUUUCCUUAAUGAAUCUUCUUAUGUGCCCGAUCUAAAUUUUCCGAGUUUAGAAAAAAUCUUUAAAGGGAAACCAAUUAAAGGAACUAAUGCAAAUGCCUAUUUUUUUGAUAAAGAGGAAGUAGUUGAUAUUUAUUUCGUCAAUACUGACAAUGGUGAUCAUCCGCUUCACACUCAUGGAUACAAAUUUUGGAUACUUGGAACCGGAGAUGGAGAUAAAGUUGAUGAAAAUGAUUUGAAUACACAUAAUCCAAUCAAGCGUGAUACUGCAACAUGGCAUUUGGCAUCUGGUCUUUUGAUGCAGUUGAUCACACUUCCAGAUGAAAUCUUAAAAUUGCAUCCUCCGAAAGAAUGGACCGAAUUAUGUGAUUUAGGUGAACGUUAG